CACCAGGAGCUAGAGGGCCAAUGGGGAUGCCUGGACCUGCUGGCCCAGCUGGGCCCAAAGGGGACAAUGGCUCUGCUGGAGAACCUGGACCGAAGGGAGACUCGGGGCCACGUGGACCUCCGGGACCUCCAGGUGUGCCUGGGCCGGCUGGACCAGAGGGUCCCUCAGGAAUGCAGGGGAAUGUGGGACCACAAGGCGAACCAGGCCCCAAAGGAGAGCCUGGGCCCAAAGGGCCUGCAGGACCCCCGGGCCCACAGGGACCUCCAGGCGCCAGGGGCCCCCCAGGACUGAAGGGGGACAGAGGUGCUCCUGGGGAGAGAGGACCCAAGGGAGAGAGUGGGCUUCCAGACACCGCUGCUCUGAGGCAGCAGGUGGAGGCCUUGCAGGGAGCCUUCCUUCAGUAUAAGAAAGUGGAGCUCUUCCCCAACGGCCGAGGUGUUGGCCAGAAGGUCUUUAAGGCAGCAUACUUUGAGAAACCUUUCCAGGAGGCACAGCAAGUGUGCGCACAGGCUGGGGGGCAGCUGCCCUCCCCACGCUCUGAAGCUGAGAACGAGGCCUUGCAACAGCUGGUCGAGGUUGAAAACAAGGAUCGUGUGUUCCUGAGCAUGACUGACUUUCAGACAGAGGGCAGGUUCACCUACCCAGGAGGGGAACCCCUGGUCUAUUCCAACUGGAACCCCGGUGAGCCCAACAACAAGGAUGGCAAUGAGCACUGUGUGGAGAUGUACACCAAUGGCCAGUGGAACGAUUUGCCCUGUGAAGAGAUUCGCCCUGUGAUCUGCGAGUUUUGAGCCCUCGGGGUGGGUGGGGCAGCCGUGGUCGAGGAGUCUGGCCCAGACCCAAGUGCUGCCGACAUGACAAGGAAGAGCUGAGGGCUCUGUGGCCGGGCUUCUGCACAGAGCCGUGGGAUGAGGCCAGCCAAGGGCUCCCAUGGAACUCCUCUCUCAGAAUAAAAUAUGAAACUGGCUUCA